ACGUCACUUUCAAUCGCAUGCAGAAGAACAAAGGCGAAGACAGCCUGACUCAUCUCAUCGAGAUCGCCAUGAGGCGCGGCAUGCGGCAGCUUUCCUGCGGUUCGGACGACACUGUGCCUGUAGCGUCAUGCACAUUCAGCCGCCCAUUUUUGCUGCAAACGCUGUAGCCUGGCCUUCUGGAUGACGCCUGCAACGUUCGGCCUCUCGCAAUACUUAUUACCUGGUACCGUCGGGCUCCAUUUGCAGCGUAAGCGCCAAGCUCAGGCUGACGCUCCGGAACACGGUUGCGCGCUGCUCGGUUCCGAGACUGCACGUCGGGCGUCCGCCCUCGCUGGAGGAGCAGGCCUCAGUGCCCACGCCAGCCGUAUCGAACCGUGGCACGUCCGACCGCCUCCGGACUUUUGAGCCUAUCUGCGAUACGACAUGAGCGGUUCUCUGUGUAGCCCCCCCCCAGCGGUCAGCGCCUGCACCAGGGCAUGAAGCUUGAUGGGCAGUGAGCCCGCCCGUGUGCCUGUGUGCGCGCGCUGCG